UUUCAGUAUUAUCAGAUGGAGCAGUCUCUGAUGACUCCAUAUUGUGAGACAGAUCCCUUAUCGGGUUGAGGCUUAUCGGGAAUGUUUGCGAUGUUAACACCGCUGAAUAGGUAGUAAUUUGUGGAGGGUGGGCAGAUCUCAUUGUUCCGUCAGCUGUCAAUUAAUGAAGGCAAACUGAUUCAUCGGUCUGAGAGAGAGAGGAAGCGUCGUUAGGCGAAAAUCCUGGUCGACAUAGUAAACUUGCACUUUGUUCGACAUUAGACGGCAAUGAGCUCCUGCCACGAACCCCUUGCUGAAAGUCAUGUAAAAAGGGCCAACAGUCAGUAUGCGUUGGACAUUAGUGAGGGGUUGGUGUCCGCGGCUUCUGCUCCUGUUUGCGCGUUACUUUUUGACAUUGUUAUAAAAGUUUUUUUUUUCUUCGUAAAAUUAUUAUUUUUUUUUCAAAACAACUAGUUAUGGAGCACUUAAAUAAGUAAAUACUUGGUAAAACAAAAACCAGAUAUACCAUGAUGAGUGCAAUGCAAAUUAUUGCUCCGCAAUAUUCAUGACCCAUUUUAUAAACGAUCACUAUUUGAAUCUGCUGUGUGGAGUGGGUACUAAAAUGUACCAUAUCAUCUACAACAAAUACAAUGCUUAAUGUGUUCUAAUUUCCUACACACGAGACACGCAACAGACUGUGACAUCUGGAUCCAGUGUUCAUCCUGUUAUCAUCAACAGCAUCGCCUGCCCCAACAGAACAACUACCACCAGCAUCACCGCUUGCAACACAACCAGCAACAUGCAGAGCGAGGCGCCUCCUUGCAGCAAGGUGCCCACCGUGGACGUGGGUGACCUAGGCGUGCACCAUGCAGAGGAGCCCUGCCAGCAGGAGUGGGAACGCGUGACGCGCGAGCUGGAGCAGGCCUUCAGCGAUAUAGGAUGUGCCUACCUCACCGGCCAUGGCGUGCCUGACCACCUGAUCAAUGAAAUGCUGUCCACUGGUGUUGCUUUCUUCAAACAGCAAGAAGAGGUUAAGAUUCGUUGGGCUGAAGAUACGAAUUUACAUGGAUACAUCAAGAUGAACUCCGAAAGAUAUGCUGGAGCAGGUCCUGAGCUGCAUGAAAGCUUUCUCUUUAAGCCAGACAGUUACAGCUCGUGUGAUGAGGAAGCCCCGUCGUUUAUGGUGCCUUUAGUGCCUCUGCAUGAGUUUUGUCGCACCCUCUCUCGGAGGCUGAUGACCUGCCUCGCCCUCAGUGUGGGAAAGAAUCGAGAUUACUUCGUGAACAUGCACCAGGACAGCGGUACCAAGAACAGCCUCAGCACUUACCGUCUAAACUAUUACCCACUGGCCUCUGGUAAUCAAGAGGACGUGGUUGGAUUCGGUGCUCACUCUGAUUACACUACUAUAUCCCUUCUUUAUAGCAAUGACUCGAAAGGCUUGCAGGUUCGUGACUCAGCUGGGCAGUGGGCGGACGUGCCCUACGUUCCCGGCACCAUACUGUUACUGGCGGGGGAGUUCCUCCACUUCCACUCCUACAAGAGGUUCAAAGCACCGAUGCAUCGCGUCGUUGUGCCCAGUGAAUACCAGCCCGGGCGACUACAUCGUGUCACGUUUGGCUUUUUCGAUCAUCCUGACUCGCACCAGCCAAUGUGGCCUCCCAGUGAAGACCCUACCAGCCCUGCUCCGCCGAAUGUCAAAGACUAUUUACUGGCAAUAAUGCGUAGAGCGGUUGACAUAGGUGCUAAGAAAUGAGAGACAAGGUGUUGGAACAAGCAUACUGUUUGGCGUUAGUUACUGUUUUGUUUAGGUUAAUUUUAAUGUGUCAGGAGGCCAUCCAAGGAGAAAAGAAUGAUAAAAAUUAGCCCCUAAAGCGUUAUAACUUAUUUUGUUGUUGAAAAUAUGCUUGGCAAAGAAACUUGGGAUCAGAUUUCUUAAAGUAUUUCUCUCAAAUAACACAACUGGUCGUAAGAUAUCUGAAAUGUCAGAUGAUAGGAACGACUAAGUUGAGCAGAGGAUCGCUUCAAAUAUAAGUCUCUUUGUAAGAUGAUGGCUUGAAAAUGUCUGAUCCAACCUGACACGAGUUGGACAGACCUGCUUUUAAAUCUAGAUAAUGAAGUGAUCCCUUUA